AUGCUUCACGGGACUAAGUUUACUUUUGACUGUGUUGUGAAAAGAUCAAUAUUGCAGAGGCUUGGAUGUUACUUCUUUCAUGCAUUUUCCUGUUUUCAGGACAUGGCAUCUGUGCUUUCUCUUAUGAGUAUGACUAUUCCGCCACAACAAAGCUACUCCAUAGAAGGAAGUAACGUUAAUGUGCAUGCGUUGUUACUAUUACUAACUACCCUUUUUAGAAGAGAACAAGUUAUGAAUUAUGAUCAGUAUUCACUAGUUACUGAAAUCUGUAUCAAGCAGUGCUUGGCAGCGCCCCGGAGAGCUCAAUAUGGUGGAGGGAUUGUAGUAUAUCCGGAGUUCAAUCAGGGAGCAAAAGCAUGGACCUUUUCCGGUGAAGGAGCGAUCAGGGAAGGAGUUUCAGCAGAUGGGAACCGGUUUAUUGUAGUACAGAAUAGAACAGACCCAUUAUACAGUUUCUCGCAGGCAGUUCAGCUUGAGAAUGGAAAUUUUUAUACCUUUUCAGCUUGGAUUCAAACUAGCGAAGGGAGUGAGACCGUAGCUGUUGUGUUCAAGACUUCUGAUGGUAAACUGAUACGUGGGGGUGAAACCAUAGCUAAACAAGGGUGCUGGUCGCUUUUAAAAGGUGGCAUUGUUGCCAAAUUCUCAAGCCCGGUUGAGAUUCUCCUUGAGGAGAAGUACAUUACUGUUUUGAGCAAAAAUACAGGUGUGGAGAUAUGGGUUGAUAGUAUCUCGUUGCAGCCAUUCACUGCAAAAGACUGGAGAUCCCACCAAGAAAAAAGCAUUGACAAGAUUCGUAGGAGGAAGGUGACAUUCCAGGUAACAUAUGCCAAUAAAACUGCAGCAGAUGGUGCUGUAAUCUCAAUAAAGCAAACCGCGUCAAGCUUCCCAUUUGGAUGUGGUAUGAACCACAACAUUCUCACAAGCACAGGUUAUCAGGACUGGUUUGCCUCAAGAUUCAAGGUUACCAGUUUCACCAAUGAGAUGAAGUGGUAUAGCACUGACAAAAGACAAGGUGAAGAAAACUAUACCAUUGCAGACGCAAUGCCUAAAUGGGUUAAAGACCUUCCUCCUGAGGAGCUACAAAAAGCAGCAACGCAUAGGUUGAAUUCAGUGGUUUCAAGAUAUGCAGGACAAUUAAUUGGGUGGGAUGUAAUGAAUGAGAAUCUGCAUUUCAGCUUCUUUGAGGAUAAACUUGGUGAAAACGCAUCUUCAGCCUUCUAUUCGAUGGCUUACCAUCUUGAUCCUAAGACAACCCUUUUCAUGAAUGAGUACAAUACCAUUGAAUACAGUAACGAUCAGGCAUCUACUGCAUCAAAAUACAAGAAGCAACUUGAGGAGAUUCUGUCAUUUCCAGGAAAUGCAGGCCUAAAGGCAGCAAAAGGAUUGGAAGGCCAUUUUAGUGCUGGCCAGCCCAACCUUGCCUACAUGAGAUCUUCUUUGGACAUUCUAGGAACAAUGGGAUUGCCUAUAUGGCUUACAGAAGUGGACGUGGGUAAAGGACCGUAUCAGUUACUACAUUCCUUGAAUGAAUUAAGACAAACACAAGCACAAACAUGCACUACUUAUUCUGCACAAUACUUGGAAGAUAUACUAAGGGAGGCUUUUUCUCAUCCUGCAGUUGAAGGGAUUAUCAUUUUUGGAGGACCAGAAUUUCCGGAUUUUAUGUAUGACCCUGGCAGAUACAGAUUUCGCAUCUACUCCCAUUGGAGAGGUAACAAAAGAAACCGAACAUGGUACCGUGUUCCUUCAAAUUGA